GGGACUUGAUUUCUCAGAUCGUAUUGGAAAAACCAAGAGAACAGGAUAUGAAUCUGGAGAAUAUGAGAUGCUUGGAGAGGGUCUAGGAGUGAAGGAGACACCCCAGCAAAAGUACCAGCAACUACUGCAUGAGGUCCAAGAGCUGACAACUGAAGUUGAGAAAAUCAAGACAACAGUGAAGGAGUCAGCCACUGAAGAGAAGCUGACCCCAGUGGUUUUGGCUAAGCAGCUGGCAGCCCUGAAGCAGCAGCUGGUUGCUUCCCACCUGGAGAAGCUGCUGGGACCAGAUGCAGCUAUCAACCUUACUGACCCUGAUGGAGCUCUGGCUAAGCACCUGCUGCUGCAGCUGGAAGCAACAAAAAACAGCAAAGGAACUGGUUCAGGGGGAAAGACCACUGGUGGGACUCCCGAAGAUAGUAACCUUGUCACUUACGAACUACAUUCUCAGCCUGAACAGGACAAGUUCUCUCAAGCUGCCAAAGUUGCAGAACUUGAGAAGUGCCUGACAGAGCUGGAAGCCACUGUACGCUGUGAUCAGGACGCUCAGAAUCCCCUUUCAGCAGGUCUACAGGGAGCCUGUCUUAUGGAGACUGUAGAACUGUUGCAAGCAAAGGUGAACACCCUGGACCUCACAGUUCUGGACCAAGUGGAGGCUCGACUACAGAGUGUCCUGGGCAAGGUGAACGAGAUUGCCAAGCAUAAAGCUUCUGUAGAGGAUGCAGAUACACAAAGCAGGGUGCACCAGCUCUAUGAAACCAUACAGCGCUGGAGCCCCAUCGCCUCCACCCUGCCUGAGCUGGUGCAGAGACUUGUCACCAUCAAGCAGCUGCAUGAGCAAGCCACGCAGUUCGGUCAGCUCCUGACACACUUGGAUACCACACAGCAGAUGAUUGCUAGCUCCCUCAAGGACAACACCGCCCUCCUGACCCAGGUGCAGACAACCAUGCGUGAGAACCUGUCCACAAUUGAGGGGAAUUUUGCCAACAUCAAUGAGCGGAUGAAGCAGCUGGGAAAGUGAGCACCUUUAGGAGAUGGAGAACAGGGGUAAUUCCUGCCCCUUUGAACUCUGUUAACAGCUUACAUAGGGCUCCCCCUUCACUAUAACUCUCACACCCCCAUCCCAUUUGACACUGGGGUCAAGGGGUUCUUCUUGCAUGUGGGGUUUACACCCCUCCUCCGACAAAUACAGAGUGGUAGCUGGGGGACUUUAGAUGGUGGUCUCCCCUCAGGCCCUGGGGACGUGGGCCCAGCCACAGGGCAGCUCCUGUCCAGUACUGCUUUGCCUGGGGAGGGGAAGGACUGGGUCCUGUCCUCCAGCACAGCUCCUGUGGCUGGAUGUACUACUGUACAACUGUUUCUGACCAUUAAAUGCUGUUGUA